GUCAAAAUAUUGACGUAAUAAAUUUGUGGUCCAUUUUCAUUUUCCUCAGUCGAAUUUAACAAUUUUUCUAUUUGUUGCAAUUCUGCAAAAAAUCCAAAAAAAUAGAAAACACAAAUCAAUAUCAUGAAAUAAUAAAAAUUCGAAGUUUAUAAAUAAAUUGCGGCACGUCGAUUUUAAGUACGAAUGCGUGUUUAGCUGCAAUUAUUCGUACAAGCAAAGGGGCGGGAGGUGAAUAUGUUUUAAUGCUUUCAUGCAAUUUUCCCACAAUAUUGCUGAUGCAGUGAAAGUUUAGUUGUUGGCCAUUUAGUGUUCCGUAUUCCUUUGUUUUGGGUCCAAUUAUAUUCACAAUUAGAAAUUAUCGACGCGUGUGAAAAUCGUGUGUGUGUGAUUGCAGUAAUUUGUUUGCUAAAUAUUUUUUGUACCAAUUCCGACAUUGGAAUUCGGACCAGCGCCAUUGUAAUUGUCCUCCAAUAUAACGUUUUCCAUCUGCCUUGUAAAAACGAUAAUACAGAGGCUAAUUUGAUAAGUACGAUUAACCUUCAACAUUCUGCCUGCUUAUUGUCAUUUUCCAAUUGGAUUGUAAAAGAGCCAUUCAGGAAGUGUGCAGUGUACCGUGUCGUGAAUUGUGGUUUUGUCAAGCGAUCGGUUACCAAACGCAGUUAGCUUGAGUUUUUGAUAGCUCUCAAGGUACUGCUUUGCCGACUAAAGAAAUGUGCGAUUCAGAUGACAGCAAAGUACAAAAGUGGACAUGCGAUUACUGCACCUAUGAAAACUUUCCCUCGUCGCUUAAAUGCACAAUGUGUAAAGGUGCAAAACCACUGUUGAAUGAGGAUAUCUUUCGACUAAGUCCCCCCCAAAUUGCCUUUGGUGGUGAAGAGGAGCGUGGCGCUACUGCUGAUGUGGUGGAAGCUUCUAACCUUAACGCUUGUUAUGCACAAUCGCGGCAAGAUGUACCCUCAACAACUCCCGCCACGUCCUCCCCAUCUGCUUGCGCUAAAUGGGCCUGCAAGAUGUGCACCUACCUAAAUUGGCCACGAAGUUUACGAUGUGUACAAUGUUGCACCAAGCGUGGCACAGCUGUUGAUGUUAAUAUCGAACAAACUAUUUGCAACGCCGGUGAGGCGGCAGCAGCUUCAUUACCUGCUAGUGAAAAUCUGGACCCAAUUGAUGGUCCGCAAAGUUAUAUUGAAAAAAGAUCAAAAACCGUAGACGUCGUCAACGAAACACCAGCAGCAAUAAUUACCACGACCUCAUCGGCAACUUUGUCGAGUAACGUAAAAGAACAGUUAAAGUCAUUACGUAUCACUAAUGAUGUGGAAUUGAAUACUAGUAAUAAAGCGGAAUCGAAUAAAAACGAAGCAAGCAGUCACACCGACCAAAUUCUUAAAAAAGCAAGUAAUAGUUAUAUUCAAUCCGUGGGUGCCGCUUCAAAUAGACUUAGUCCAUUUGAACAGUCGUCUAAUGCCAAUAUGAUUGUGGCAACAAAUACCACAACGGUUAAUACAACACACUUAAAUAAUCUUGCAAAUUCGUCGCAGCAACAACAGCACAAUCAGUCGUCCACAUCUCUGCAGAACUGUUAUGUAGCCAAAUGGGCCUGUAAUACGUGUACUUAUGAAAAUUGGCCAAAAAGUCUUAAAUGUUCUAUGUGUGGAGAGCCGCGUGAUGGAAAUGCAACCUGCAUAGCUUCCUUGGGUGACAACAACGCCAUCACAGCAACAUCCGGCUCGGGAAGCAACAAAUUCCUCAACAUAAAGGAUGAAAACCAUGACAUGACUGUGUCAACGAAUAAUUCAUUCAACAAAAAACAUAUUUACCAACUAGGUUCUUCUGAGACUAUAAACAACUGUGAUACGGUGCAAGAGCGUCAAGAACGGCGUACCCGACAAAUAAGACGACAAGUUGAUUGGCAGUGGUUAAAUGCUUGCCUCGGUGUUGUGGAAAACAAUUAUAGUGCUGUAGAGGCGUAUUUGUCUUGCGGCGGUAAUCCUGCACGUGCUUUAACGGCGACUGAAAUCGCUAUAUUGAAUCGUAACUCGGCGUUUGACGUGGGUCACACGCUGAUUCAUUUGGCAAUACGUUUUCAUCGCGAGGAAAUGUUGCCCAUGUUGCUUGCACAGAUCUCAGGCUCGGGGCCUGGCAUUAAACGUGUACCUUCAUAUGUUGCACCGGAUUUAGCCGCUGAUAUACGAAGGCAUUUUGCUAAUACGCUACGCAUGCGUAAAACUUCUUUUAAUUGCUUGUAUGUGCAAGAGCAUGCGACAUUCGCCUUGCCAGCCGAGAUAGAAGAGUUACCAAUACAAAUUCAGGAGCAGCUGUAUGAUGAAUUAUUAGAUCGCGAUGCCCAAAAGCAACUUGAAAACCCUCCACCCGCACUCAAUUGGUCGCUGGAAAUCACAGCACGUUUGGGCUCACGGUUAUUAGUGUUGUGGAAUCGUAGCGCUGGUGAUUGCCUAUUAGACUCGGCAAUGCAGGCAACUUGGGGUGUAUUUGACCGUGACAAUACGCUGCGUCGAGCCUUGGCAGAUACCUUGCAUCAAUGUGGUCCCAUCUUUUAUCCACGUUGGAAGGAAUAUGAAAAAUGGCAGGCAUCAAUGUUACAUUUUACAUUGGAAGAUGCCCAAUGGCAAGAAGACUGGAGUAAUUUGCUAUCGUUGGCCAGUCAACCGGGCUCAUCUUUGGAACAGUUACAUAUAUUUGCUUUAGCUCAUAUAUUGCGACGACCAAUCAUAGUUUACGGUGUAAAAUAUGUCAAAAGCUUUCGUGGCGAGGACAUCGGCUAUGCGAGAUUUGAAGGUCUUUACUUGCCGUUAUUUUGGGAUCAAAAUUUCUGCAUUAAAUCACCCAUUGCACUCGGAUAUACGCGUGGACAUUUCAGUGCUUUAGUGCCGAUGGAGCCCUUUGCCCGCAUCGAUCCACGUAGAGAUGAACCAGAGGAUGUGCGUUAUCUGCCGUUGAUGGAUUGUGAAUCAAAACUUUUUCCAAUACACUUUCUAACUCAGGCUGAGAUGGGCCGCGAAGAGGCUAUAAUGCGGCAAUGGUUGGAUGUGUGUGUUACAGAUGGCGGCUUACUAGUGGCACAACAGAAAAUUCGUAAACGUCCUCUGUUGGUAGCACAAAUGCUGGAAGAAUGGUUGAAUCACUAUCGAAGAAUCGCUCAAGUCAUAACAGCGCCUUUUGUGCGAAGACCUCAACAAACCGGCUACUCAAGUGAGGGUGAUUCCGACGAAGAAUAGGCACGAGCGCAAACUAGUUGCAGUUCUUGGAGACAACUUGCUCGACGGUGACAUUAAGCUAAUAAGCACGAUAUAAAGUGGUAGUGUAUACUUCAUAAAAGAAUCCCAAAACAUAAACUGAAUACAUAUAUACAAUUAUUAAAAUUGAGUAACUAAAAGUAUGAAUACCUAGAUAACUAACAUGCCGUUAUAUUGAUUAAAAAAAUUGAAGCAUAUUUUACGUAGUUAAUGGGUAUUGCGAAACUUACGUAUUUGUAGGUUUGUACGAUACAUACAAAUAAAUAUAUAUUACGAGAAAAAAUGCAAAGAAAAUGUAGCAAAUAACUAAAAAAAUUAUAUCCGUUUCCAGUUCAACAAAAAUCGUUGAUUUUAGUAAGAAAGCUAAAAAAUGUAAUCUAAAGGAAACGUAAAUAUAAACAAAAAAUAAUCAGAAACUUAUGUUUAUCAUGGUAAUUACACUCACUGACAGGUGUGUAACAGUUAACCCCGUUUAGUGUAAAAUUAAAAACAAAAGGCAAAAGACAAAACGGAUAUGAGAUCAAAACAGCAAAAACCAUACAAUAACUAUUUAAACUUUGAUGAAAGAAAAUGUCAAACAUUUACCGACAUUCACGUGCGUACGUUGAGUCUCAAGUAAAGUAUAAAUAAAAGAAAAUUUAAAAUAAAAUAGUUUUAAUAUUAAGUAUGUAUUAUUUACAAAAUCAAAUGAAUGUAAAAUAUGUAAUACUUGAACUAGAAAAUAUUUUAUUGUCAUAAUGCGUUUAUUUUUGCUGGCCGACUACAAUUGUCGUACUAAUUUUAUCAGUAAUUGUCCGCAAUUAAAAAGAAAAAAACGAAAAAAUAUAUUUAUAUUGAAAAAAUUUUAAAAACAUACAUCUACAAUAAUAAUUUAAAAAGUAAAUAAGUAUGAAUACGAUCAAUGAUGUAUGAGAAAAUAUUAAUAGUUGUUUACAAUUUUUUUCUUGGAAUUAUAAAUGGAUUAUUAUAUUACAUACAUAUUAUAAUUUUUGUUGGUAAUGUUAUUGAAAGAAACUUACGCCCAUUUCACACAAAAUAUACUAUAUAUAAGAUGGAUUAAAAGAGAAAACAAUUGGCUUUGUACUUUCUGACUAUAUUUAACUUCUAAUCGCUGCAUUUACGUAAUUGGCGCAAUUUAGUUUACUUUUGGUCGAGGUUGGUGUGCAACAUGCUUAUCAGAAAAGUGCAACAGUUUGAGAGUAUUGAGAGCAUAUGUAUAUAGAUCAUUAUAAGUAUUUUGUAGGUAUUUUUAUCCUGAACAGGAAUUAAGUGUGCCAUGAAAUUUGUAACAUCCAGAAGAAAACUGCGGAGGCCCCACAAAAUAUAUUGACUCCCAUUUUGGAAAUAUCGAUCUGAAAACUUUCACUCGUCCAUUUCUCCAUAAGAAGCUAGCUCAUUUCCGAAAAAAUAGUUCAGAUCAAACCAAUAUAUCAUAUAACUACCACACAAAAUUAGGGACCAAAACCAAAUCGUGUAUUGUAUUUUAUUGUGAAGGGUAUUAGCAUUGGUACAUUCGAAUUUAAAGUUUUUUCUUCUUUUGAAAUACCGUUAGCGUUAGUAUUUCGAGCAAGUAUUUUGGUAAUGAUAUUUGUGGGCAACUCUUUCGAUUUCAUUAAUUUUAGUCUAUAUAAGUACAGAAUAUUUGAAUUUUACCAAAGUGUAGUGUCACGUGACUUACGUUUUAUAUAUUUUUUUAUAUAUUUCAUGACAUACAUAUAUUUUACAUAAUGUAGACAAUUGUUUAUAUUUUAUGAGUCACCCUGUUGUGGCCUUAUUUCACUGACUAACAAAAUAUGAAAUUGGCGCAACUAUUGUCAAUUUGCCUUUUUCGCUCGCCAACAGCGAAAAGAGUUCUCUGGUUUAUAGUGUUCAUUCGAAAAUCUAAGCAGACUCUGCUCUGACAACAGUUAAUGAAAGCGGGUGUGUGGUGGUUAAUUUUGGUGCGCAAAAUUAAGAAAAUCCUAUUUAGUGGUGUCGAUUGCAAACGGUAGCUAAAAACUCUGUGAAAUUAGUAUAAAAAAUAUCUAGAAAAACAUGCUGUAAAAGUUUAUCUGUGAAUAUUAGAAAUCAAUAGCAUUGUAAAUUCGUUUCGAUCUCCGUAUAUUUGUAUUUUCAAAACUUUUGUCCAGUGGUUCUUUAGAAAGAAUUACAUGUUGAAAUAUUAGAAGUGUAAAGAGGAGUUAAUCGCAAUUGUCUGGGCAGUAAUAAAUAUAUACGUCAAAUAGUAAAAAAUUUAACCAAGUGAAAAAGGGCGGAAAGGUGCAUACAAGUGCUUUGCAAUUGGAAAUAAGCUAAGGAUAAAAUUCUAGUUGGAAUCGGUCAAUUGGUCGAUUGGUUAGUCGAUAAUCGUACGUACAUGCUGGUGCGUGUGUGUGUGGUAUCGGUUACGGAGUAGUGUGGUAGUGGUUAAAGAAAUUGUCCAAUUUGUGCUGUGUUGAGUGCUGUUCCGUAAACGUGAGAAGAGUAUAUAGAUAGAUAUUGGUGUGGUGCUUUUCGAAUAACACACAACGCGGUGCGACAACAAUAAAAUAACAACAACGAGCUAUCGAGUAAAUUUGUAGCAGACAGAGUACGUGUAUUUGAGCGCCGGAUAAGGGAGCAACGAGAAAGAUGGGUAAG